UGAGAGUUGAGCUUCUUGCAGUCGUUGCUAAACCCUGGAGGGAAAAAAAAUAAACCCAGAGCAAAGAGGAUCUUUUUGCUCCCUUCUCUCCUGUCAGCAGUGGGAUUCUAGCUUGUAAAAGUUCCCUGAGAUGGAGGGUGAAGACCCAGGUAUUGUGGAGAUACACGACUCAGAUGAUAGCGGGAUUGUGAGAAGAGUCUACAUAGCUGACAGAGAUGGGGCAAGUGAGGGCGAAGACUUUCUGGAGCACGAGCUCAGGCAGACCAGCUGGAAGGCAGGUUCACAACGGGAUGGUUCAGAAGUGGAAAUGCAACAGAGCCCGCUACCCCCUGGUAGUUACGGUGACAGUGAAGUGGCGGUAGCACCCACGGGGGUCUCGCGUUCUGGCAAACAGCGCCCGUUCAUCUGCAACGAGUGCGGCAAGAGCUUCAGCCACUGGUCGAAGCUUCUACGGCAUCAGCGCACACAUACGGGAGAGCGUCCCAGCACUUGCUCCGACUGCGGCAAGAGCUUCUCGCAGAACUCGCACCUGGUGCAGCACCGGCGCACCCACACCGGCGAGAAACCCUACGUCUGCCGUGACUGCGGCAAGAGCUUCAGCUGGAGCUCCAACCUGAUCCAGCACCAGCGCAUCCACACAGGAGAGCGUCCUUACACCUGCGGGGACUGCGGUCGCAGCUUCACACAGAGCAAGAACCUGGCGAAGCAUCGGCGGACGCACACGGGUGCCCGGCCGUUCCGCUGCCCUGAGUGUGGCCGUGGCUUUGCGCACACCGCGGGUCUCGUGAAACACCAGCGCCUGCGCCAUGACACUGACUCCCCCAUUGGUCACCCUUGCCCUGAGUGCGGGCAGCGCUUCCGAGCCCCUUCUGAGGUCGAACGUCACCGGGUUGCCCACCAUGGUGUCGCCCCCUCUGAGCCCUUCAUCUGUGUGGAGUGCGGAGAGUGUUUUGCUAAGAGUACCACGCUCAUCCGCCACAAGAGAGUGCACAAGCCAAUCUUUGUACAUUGACCUCUGCGGGAUGGGACACGCUGAUCGUGUAUAUCCAGACUUAUAACCUGUAGUCAUCAGAUUGGGGUACAAGGAAACUCUUUGACUCUAGUCUGGGCUUUCCUUGAUCAAAUCAAAGGCCCCAGUGGGAGUAACAAGCAAACCCAUUGUAGUGAGAAGGGGAGGAAGAGAUUUGGCUGCGAGCAUGCACUUCGCUCACACAGUGGGAGAGACUGCUUGGAGCCCAGAUAAAUUUGCCUCUGGCACAAGAUCCAAAUGGAGUACACUAUUCUCACCGACCUUCUGAGAAUCAGCAAGGCCUGGGCCCUAUUGCUGUAUAUAGUGUGGGGGAUAUUCUUCAGGUAGAAGCCAUACUAGAAAUCUACAAGGGGUGGAUGGGAAAGAGAUCCACUCUUCAAUCAAAAUAAUCUUUGGUCAGUCUUGGUUGAAUUAGGUUGCUCCUGGAAAGAACAUGGAUUCUUUGAGGCCUGAGAUGGGCAUUGGGAAGGGGGUG